AUGGUUGCAGUGGUUGCAGUAGGUGCAUUGGGCACAGUGGGUGCAUUGGGCGCAGUGGGUGCAUUGGGCACAGUGGUUGCAGUAGGUGCAUUGGGCGCAGUGGGCGCAGUGGGUGCAUUGCUUGCAAUGGUUGCAAUGGUUGCAAUGGUUGCAGUGGUUGCAGUAGGUGCAUUGGGCGCAUUGGGCGCAGUGGUUGCAUUGCUUGCAAUGGUUGCAAUGGUUGCAGUGGUUGCAGUAGGUGCAUUGGGCGCAGUGGGUGCAUUGCUUGCAAUGGUUGCAAUGGUUGCAGUAGGUGCAUUGGGCGCAGUGGGUGCAUUGGGCGCAGUGGGUGCAUUGCUUGCAAUGGUUGCAAUGGUUGCAGUGGUUGCAGUAGGUGCAUUGGGUGCAAUUACAUGUCCUACAUGGGUUAAAUUAACUAUGGAUUAUUAA